AUGGCCGAUGUCCAAGGCACUUGGACUGCUGAGAAUGAGCAGCAAUUUUGGGCAGCCUUGAAUCAGAUCCUCUCUGCACCAUGCGAUUCUUACGAGCUUCUCGAUAACGCCUUGCGCUCAUGGCUUGAUUUGGUUUCCAAGGCCCGGGACGAAUACCUCGACGACGAGGACGAGAUUGCGAAUUGUUCCGAGCAGUUAAUACACAGCCCGCUGUUUUCUGUCAAUAAGGACUAUGUGCGAACCCAAAUCAUAUACAGUCUGCUUCAGGAGGAUGAGUAUGCGCCGCUCCACGUUAUUGCCAACUUUCUCCUGUCCGACGGCCGCGCCGAGGAGGAGACCUUCCGACAAAUGAUCAAGGAAGGGUGCUUUGUGCGGUUGCUGGAGUUGAUCAAGGGGUGUGGGGGAAAGGAUUCCCGAUUACAUCGGCUUCUGUUACAGCUGAUGUAUGAGAUGUCCCGCAUUGAACGGCUACGGGACGAGGAUUUGAUGCAAAUUGACGAUGGCUUCGUCACGUAUCUCUUCCAACUCAUCGAAGCCCUAGCCGAUGACGCCAAUGAUCCUUACCACUAUUCUGUUAUUCGGGUUUUGCUGGUGUUGAAUGAACAGUACAUGGUGGCAGCGACAUCGGCAGCGACAGAACCAUCAUCCAUCUCGCCCACCACCAAUCGCGUCAUCAAACUUCUUGGCGUUCAUGGAGAUUCCUAUCGAACCUUUGGAGAGAAUAUCAUACUGCUUCUCAACCGAGAAACAGAGACCUCUCAGCAGCUGCUCAUUCUCAAACUGCUGUACCUGCUUUUUACCACAUCUGCGACGUACGAGUAUUUUUACACAAAUGAUCUCCAUGUGCUGCUGGAUGUCAUCAUACGGAACUUGCUUGAUUUGCCGAGCGAGAUGGACAUUUUGAGACACACUUACUUGAGGGUACUUGCCCCUUUGCUCGCUCAUACUCAACUCAGCAAACCGCCUCAUUACAAAAGGGGUCAGAUUCUCAGUCUCAUCGACAUCCUGCGAGGCACCGGCAAUGCGCACUUUAUGCCUCCCGAACCGACAACAAUACGCCUGCUCGACAGAGUAGCCAGCACCCCAUGGCUGGCUGAAGAAGAGCCGGAAUCUCCGUCACUCAGUCCAAUCGGCAGCCUCUCGCUGUCACAAACCGGUAGUGCCGUGAGUGUUAUCGCCAAAGUGUCCGAGAAACCCGGAGUGAAGACACCUAGUCGCAAGUCGGAUAUGGCAGCGCAGGCCAAGGGCAAAUCCGAGCAUGGAGGCAGCCCACCCAGACCGCCGCCACCUAGGACUCUGAGGGCGCAGAAAUCACUGCCAGAAGUGCCCCGACAUAAGCACGGGGUUCCUGUCGUUCAUCCACCGGUGCCUGUACCUCACUUGCACGUCAAUGGGGCUGGUCAGAAAAAGAUGCCACCGAAACUCCCGCCACCACGAAGGAGGGCCAAAAUUAUAGCCGCAGUUGGCGCUGAGGUUCGGACGCCGUCCGAAACGCCAUCACCGAUUGGCCCUGCACCAGUUUCUUGA